AUGGGUUGUGGAAGCAGUUCUCCGACUAUUCUCCCCAAUAAUCAAAGUCACACUCGUAUCCGACACACCGCUAGAAAUACCAAUAAUAACCGCAAACCCAUUGAGAUCAAUGAGGAAGCCCUGAACGAGUAUUUACAGUUAGAGUCUUCAAUUAAUGACUACGAGAAGAAACACGUGUUAGAGAAUUAUCAGAUAAAAAGUGAACAAUUGGAACAAUUGGAUGAAGCGGUCAAACAACUGGAAAAGGAUAAGAAGCUAUUCCAACAACAGACAAAUGAAAUACAGAAUCAAAUGGGAAUUAUUGACUUACAUUCUGUCAGAGACUAUAUUCUGCAAAAGACUUUAUCGGACACAGCAUUAUCUCAAGAGGAAGAAAAACUCGUCGAUUCAUUAAAUCGAUUUGAAGUGGUAGAGAAAGAGUUAGAGACAACAACUCAACAACAAAAUAAUAUGAAAUUAGAAGUUCAACAGUCAGUGAUUGAGGGGGAAAAACUUCAACAUUUGUAUCAAAAACGUGAUGAACUUUUAGAUGCCAUAUUUGAGGGCCAAUACGCUAGCGAUACGGAAAAUCAAUUGGAAAAGGAGUUGGAUUGGCUCUUAGAGCAGAAGCAUCACGUAGACCAGGCUCACUUCAGAUGGAAACAGGCCAACACUCUUGUCAAACAAUCCAAUGCACAGUUAGGUCGAGCACUGCAAAAGUGGAAACAAUUGCUUGAAAUACCUGUCCAAGAUAACGAGCAAAGAUAUAACUGUGUGGCUGAGACGCGGGACAACUUAGUGUCUGCGACUCAGAACCUGAUCGGCGCUCAAAGAUAUUUACCAAAUAUAAGUCUGCCUUACUGUGCGCCCGACGAAAUCGAUACAAUCAAUAAAGCAAUUUCAUAUAUAUUUACUGAUAUGCAAACAUCCGACCGACACAAACAUGCACUCAAUUGCUAUCAAACCACAUAUAAGAGAGCCGGUGCUCUUCGGCAAUGGUUAGAACAGGUACUCAACUCAACAAUUGCUAAAGAUUUACAAGAAUUGACAGAAGAAUGUAAAGCCAGAGCAUCGGAAUUACGCACAGAAAGAAUACGACUUAUCAGGAAUCGUAUCAAAGAGAUGACCGGAAAUGAAGUCAACUUUGAUGAAGAAGCGCCCUUUGAGUUCAGAGACAGUGGUGUUGACAGUGAAUUGGACGAAACGGCCGCAGCUGACGAACAAAUCGCACAAAUAUUUGAAAAGGGAAACAAUGAGAGAAAAGGCGGCGCAAAAUCAUUGACACCCGACCCCACACGUAUGCCAUUAAUAAUGCCCACUCCAUUGCCGACCGCCGACUUGGCUCCCAUGCCAUCAGAUAACGAGAUUUUCGGCAAAAUAGAGCAAAUUAGAAACCAACACAAGAGAGCCACUCAAGAGUUCCAGAAGACUCAGAGACUAAAUCAGGCGAGAAUGAGUCACGGACUCAAACAAAAACUUCAUCAAAGAAAAAGUAGAAGAAGUCGUAUGGAAUUACAUCGCAGAGAAUUAGAAGCGCUCCGGGAGUCGCCCGUCAAUUAA